GCGUUUACUGGCUCUGUGGGCCCCACGCCCAUGUUCUCCGCACCCGCGUGGUAUAAAAUAGGGUCUCCCGCUCCACCCGCCCGUCAGGCAGUAGAGACCCAGAUGGAAAGACGCCUGACUGGUGCGCGAGGAGCAGGACUGCAGACAUGGAGCUCGGCCCAAAUACUUGGUGCCAUGUUGAAGACCCCGAUGAGAAGCAAGCAAAAAGGCAGAAACUUGGUAUUUUUGAAACACUGCAUCAGGGGAUUGCCUCUCUAAUUAAACUACCAUCCCAUCUGACAACAAAGUAUUUUCAGACUGGAGAUUGGCAUGCAGAAACUACAGACGAGAUUAUUUCAAAUGGAUCUGGUAAUUCAGAUGAUGAGAAGAUGGAACCUUUCUCUGGGAUGCAGAAAUUUGAAUUGGAUACAAAAACUGGUUGCAGUUCCAGUUUGCAUCCAAAUGAAGAGAUGGUAACUGAUUGUCACAGAGUUAAAACCUGUCUGAGGCAUGAGUGUAGUGUCAGAAAGAGUAGCAUGAAAAGCCAUAAUUCCGUUCAAGAGGACUUGCCAGCAUGGAGAAUUGCUACCCACAAGCAUUUCUUAGAAACUUCCCCUCUAGAGACUGGAAGACAUCUAAGGAAGCUUCACUGUACCGUGGAAGAGGGAGUACAAAGAGAGGAGCGAGAAAAAUACAAACAGCUGCUGGAACAGGAAAAAGAAAAAUGCUAUAAAAACCACUCCUCUCCCACAACAACAAAGUGCUUGGAUGUCCAGCGUGAAGUCCAUCAGCCGCUAAAAACUCAUCGCUGUGUAGAAAUCGAUGACUCUUCAUUUGGCACACCAAGGAAUGGUGUGAGAAACUUUGGCCACCUGUCCUCUCAAAGAGCAGCAAACAGUUCAGUGACAGUAGCAGAAAGAACUCCAGAACCUAAGAAGUUAGUAGUACAUAAAAAGGGGAGUUUAAAGCAUUGCUUGACAAAUGAUCUAUCAGAGGAUGUGUCACUUAGGUUAAGCCUGGGUCAGGAAGGAUCAUCAUACGGAAGGCAUUCUCUAGUUGAGACAGAAGAAGAGAAAUAUCUGAGCUUGGACAAGGCUACAGAGAGCCUUCCUUACCUUACAGAGGAUAUGGAGAGAGAGAUAGGGAAUGUGCUGAACUGCGGCGAAGACGACGAAAUCCUGACUAGUGCCUUCAAGCUGAACAUUACACGUGGAGACAUCCAGACUCUAAGAGACCAGCAGUGGCUCAAUGAUGUGGUUAUUAACUUCUAUAUGAACCUUCUGAUGGAGAGAAAUAAACAACUGGGCUUUCCAGUACUCUAUGCGUUUAAUACUUUCUUCUACCCCAAGCUAACUUCUGAGGGCUAUAAUGCGGUCAGAAGAUGGACCAAGCAAGUGGACUUGUUUCAGCAUGAUAUCAUCUUAGUGCCCAUUCAUAACAGAGUACAUUGGGCAUUGGUGGUUAUAGACAUGAGGAUAGAGACCAUCAAAUAUUUUGAUUCAAUGGGACAAGAUGGCCAUGUGAUAUGUAAGAGAUUGCUGCAUUUUCUGCAGGAAGAAAGCAAAGCCAAGAGAAACAUGGUCAUAGAAGCUUCAUCAUGGACACUUUACAGUGUGGAACCACAUGAAAUUCCACAGCAGUUGAAUGGCAGUGACUGUGGAAUGUUUGUUUGUAAAUAUGCAGACUUCAUCUCCAGGGAUAAACCCAUUGCAUUUACACAGCGUCACAUGCCUUACUACCGCAAAAGGAUGGCAUGGGAGAUACUCCACCAGCGAUUGCUGUGAGACCAUCUCAAAGUAUCCUCUUGCCUGAUCUCCGUUCAGAGAUAGGAGGUAUGCAGAUGUGUCGUUCCAAACCCGAGUACUUAGUUCUGAAUUUCCCUCCAAAGGGCUGAAACAUGGAUUAAGAAAGGGAUUCUGCAGAAUCAGCUUCAUGGUACCAGAGUAGUGAAAGACUGUUAAAGAAAAGCGGCCUAACAAUUCAAUAUCGGAUAAACAAUGAGCAACCUCAGUGACGUGAAGAUGGAAAAUUGCCAUCUUCCCAAUGGCUGUACAUUACAUGCUAUAAUUUCAAGGCACUGACUCCAAUCAGGAAAUAUGCUAUGAGCUUGUAUGUCAGUUCCCAGCUCCAUUUUUAGGUUAGCCUCAGCAUAGUUUGCCAGCACAUCCUUCCUACGGUGAGAAACACUUCCAAGAUGGAGUAGGGAAGGGGUGUGCAAAUGUGGCUGGGUGGGUGGGUGGGUGAACCUGUGGUAUAUUCCUGACCACCAGAAAAGGAUAUUUUGGAUUGGAAGGUGGAAAACACACAUGCUUCCCCCCCCCCAAAAAAAGGGAUUUGUAGCGAUUUUGGAAGAUAGAAAUUUCCUUUUGAUUUGUAACAAAUCCAUAGCAAAAGCACUAAAUGGGGAGUCAUCUUUCUUUAAAGGGAUUAUUAUUUGUAUGAGACUUAUUUAUUUGUAUUCAUAUAUUUAAAUGGAAAUGUGUUGGAAUCUGAAAUAUUUGAAGAACUAAAAAUGGAAAUAAAUAUUUAUCUAGCAAAUCUUCAUUUGAAUUUAUUCAUCUGAUACUGUACUUCAUCUGGAAAAGUUUUGAGGUAGUAGUGCUAAGGUUAAAGGAAUAAUGUUAAUAGGUGAAUGGGUAGAAUUCAUGUAUUUUCUUUCAAACAUAAGCAUGACCAUAACUUAAUAUAAUUUAAUGGGUAAGAGAAAACAGCUCUACUAACUUUCUUCCUACAGUAUCUGCAUGUCUUUAGUAGGUGGAAGCACAUGUUGCAUUCUGGUGAGGAGGAAAAGGAAGUGUUCACUAGCAUUGCAAGCUGAAUGUUAGUAAGUUGUGGUCUGACUACAGAGCACACACAGAAAACAAAACCAAAAGAAAUCUAAUAUCCCACUUCUUUGCUAUAUUCAUUAUCUGCUUGUUAAUCAGUACAGAAAGAAAAACUGGGUUUUAAUGUUGUGCAGGCAUAGGCAAACUCUGGCCCUCCAGAUAUUUUGGAACUACAAUUCCCAUCAUCCCUAGCUAACAAGACCAGCGGUCAGGGAUGAUGGGAGUUGUAGUCCCAAAACAUCUGGAGGGCCGGAGUUUACCUAUGCCUGAUGUUGUGGAAUGGGAAGAGUAGAAGGAAAUUGCAGUGGGCAGACUAUUGUGAGGUGGUUGUAGGACAACUGGUCUGUGCCUAGUUCAAGUUUGAAGGAACCUUUUCUCUUCCCCCCCACCAAAUACUGCAAUCCCCCUCUCAACUCAUAAUGCUGUUAUUUAGUGCUUUGACCAAUUAUUCUUGGAGGCUGGUUAUAUUUAACAUUUUUGCAGAUAGCAGUUGUGCAGUACCAUUCUGGAAAUUGCUCAGCCCAGUUUUGGCUAUAGUUAUGUUGGACAGCCUUCAAGUGUUACACACACUUCGGGUAAGAGUCCUUUAUGAAUACUGCAUAUGCAGCUAUUUUGCGGUGUGCUAGAGAUUUGGCGAUGGCUUCCCAAUGUAUGUCCUGUAUUGUAGAAUAUACAGUAGUGGAUAAAUUCAGGUGUGUGGCCUGUUAAUUUGUAAUCCUUCCUUUCCUUUAAACAGAUACCUCCAUGCACUACUUGUCUGUAGUUUAAUUCAGAGAAGGGAAAGCUGCAACACUUCAGGCCGUGUUAAGUGGUGAAAGUUGCUUUGGUUCCUCCCCCGAUAUAUGCCUAGAAUUGAAUUAGUGGUGGCUUAAACGUAAGUUUUGCGACCUGAAUUUAUGUUUACAAAUACAGUAUUUAUUUAGCACUUUUUAAGUGCUCAGUGUACUUGCAUGCAUUCCCAGUAAUCCUUACACCACAGUAAGGCUACUCAGUCUUUGCAUCGCCUAAAACCACUGGGAGGCCAUGCCUUAGAUGUCAGCUCUUUACACACUUAUCUGGGACUAAGUCCCAUCAAACUCAGAGGAGCUUCCUUCUGAGUACACUUGUAUAGGGUCUCUACCACACAAGCAUUUAAAAUACAGGCAUCACCAGCUGUGGGGUAAGCACUCUUUAAAAUAAUAAUAAUAAUAACCUGGCACUACCACUAAUAAGCCAAAGCAUAUGAAAUGUUCACAAGUGGGCUUUUUCCAUCCACUUCCAUAGGGCUCCCCCCCCCAAUGUUGGGCCUCCCAUCUUGUGCGAGAAGCUGUAUAUGGGAGCUGAUGCUAUAGGACAGGUUAUAUUUAGAGCAUAAUUGCCUACUGUUAGUUGGCACAUAAAUAUGUAGCUAUUAUGCUACAAAAAUAAUCGGUUAAUCCUGUAAGAGAUUAGCCUCUUUGUAAACUGCUUGUUUUAGCAUAUGUUAAUUCUUUCUAUCACAGUAAGAAACAAAAUGCUGUGUUUGUUUGGCCACUAGCUUGUGCUGGUUCAGUCCUGUUUCGUUUGUUGUGUGUGUGAUAUUCUUCUUCUAAGCUGGUUUGUUAAGAGUUUUCACCGAUGUGGAAAACUAAUGAAAAAUGAUUGCAACCUAUUUUCUAAGUCCACAGUGACAAGUUAACUCAAAUGAUACUUUUGAAGGGUCAGUGCAAUUCAAAUGAGUUUGAAAGUCACCCAGGUACUUCUACAAAGCGCAGCCCUUGUUUGACCUCACAAGACUGCACAGGAUCUCCUAGUUAAGGCCCGGGAGGAAGUAGAUUAGGGGAGAGGGCUAGCACACCACCCACUUUCCUAUUUUCCUUUUUCUGUUAAAUAAAACUACUGAGGUCAGGCUCUUGUUAGCUGGAUAUAUUUUGUUUUUCACAGAACACUGUUUGAUGUAGAGAAACUGGCAUUGCAGUCUGUUGGUACAAUGGUAUGUUCACAGAAACCAGUAUAACAUCCAUCUGUUAGCACAGAAAACUCUAACCGUGUGUGUAACCUGUCAAACUCAGGAGUUCUGCUCCAGUGUCUCUUGCACUUCUAUCCUUUAUUAUUAUUAUGUUCCAAGGCCAUUUGCUCUCAUCUAGCAGAAGAAUAAUACAGAAUAGUCAUCAUGCAGAAUGAUGCUUUCUUCCACCUGGCAGCUGUCUUUUGCCUAAAUUUAUUUCCAACUCAUUUUUAUUAAAAAAAUAAAAAAAUGCUCCAACUCUCAGUUUUACAAGGCAUACAAAAUCUCAAAAAGGGACACACAAGAGCAAGGUGCUGAGGUAUGAAAACACCUGAGGUAGUUUGUUUUCUUUUCUUUUUUU